UCGGGGUGCGGGCUGUGGCGGCGAGGCGCCUCUUUGCUCAGCGCCGCGGGCUAAGCGGGCAGGUCGGCCAGGAGGGCGGCCACGGCUUCCCGACAGGCUCGGGCGGCCAAGUCCCUCGCGGCGUCCGGCACUGCCCCGGCCCCCUCGGCCUCCGGCGGCGAGGCGGGGGAGUGAGGAGAUGCCGACCCAGAGGGACAGCAGCACUAUGUCCCACACAGUCGCGGGCGGCGGCGGCGGGGACCAUUCCCACCAGGUCCGGGUGAAAGCCUACUACCGCGGGGACAUUAUGAUAACACACUUUGAGCCCUCCAUCUCCUUCGAGGGACUCUGCAGUGAGGUUCGAGAUAUGUGUUCUUUUGACAGUGAACAGCCGUUCACCAUGAAGUGGAUAGACGAGGAAGGAGAUCCGUGCACAGUGUCUUCUCAGCUGGAAUUAGAAGAAGCUUUCAGGCUCUAUGAGCUGAACAAGGACUCUGAGCUAUUGAUCCAUGUAUUUCCUUGUGUACCAGAACGUCCUGGAAUGCCUUGCCCAGGAGAAGACAAAUCCAUCUACCGCAGAGGGGCCCGCCGGUGGAGAAAGCUUUAUUGUGCAAAUGGCCACACUUUUCAAGCCAAACGUUUCAACAGGCGUGCUCACUGUGCCAUCUGCACAGACAGAAUCUGGGGACUUGGACGACAAGGAUAUAAGUGCAUCAAUUGCAAACUGUUGGUUCAUAAGAAGUGCCACAAGCUUGUCACAAUUGAGUGUGGGCGGCAUUCCUUGCCACCGGAACCAAUGAUGCCAAUGGACCAGUCAUCCAUGCACCCAGACCACGCACAGACAGUAAUUCCAUAUAAUCCUUCAAGUCAUGAAAGUUUGGACCAAGUUGGUGAAGAAAAGGAGGCGACGAACACCAGGGAAAGUGGUAAAGCAUCAUCAAGUUUAGGUCUCCAGGAUUUUGAUUUGCUUCGCGUUAUAGGGAGAGGAAGUUAUGCCAAAGUACUGUUGGUUCGAUUAAAAAAAACAGAUCGCAUUUAUGCAAUGAAAGUCGUGAAAAAGGAGCUCGUCAAUGAUGAUGAGGACAUUGACUGGGUGCAGACGGAGAAGCAUGUUUUUGAGCAGGCGUCCAAUCACCCUUUUCUUGUUGGACUGCAUUCUUGCUUCCAGACAGAAAGCAGGUUGUUUUUUGUUAUAGAGUAUGUAAAUGGAGGGGAUCUAAUGUUUCAUAUGCAGCGACAAAGAAAGCUUCCUGAAGAACAUGCCAGGUUUUACUCUGCAGAAAUCAGUCUAGCACUGAAUUAUCUUCAUGAGCGAGGAAUAAUCUAUAGAGAUCUGAAGCUGGACAAUGUGCUGCUGGACUCUGAAGGACACAUUAAACUGACUGACUAUGGCAUGUGUAAGGAAGGAUUACGGCCUGGAGAUACAACCAGCACUUUCUGUGGAACUCCCAAUUACAUUGCUCCUGAAAUUUUAAGAGGAGAAGACUAUGGCUUCAGUGUUGACUGGUGGGCUCUUGGAGUGCUCAUGUUUGAGAUGAUGGCUGGAAGGUCUCCAUUUGAUAUUGUUGGGAGCUCCGAUAAUCCUGAUCAAAAUACAGAGGACUAUCUAUUCCAAGUCAUUUUGGAAAAGCAAAUUCGCAUACCACGUUCUCUGUCUGUAAAAGCAGCAAGUGUGCUGAAGAGUUUUCUCAACAAGGACCCAAAGGAACGACUGGGCUGCCACCCUCAAACUGGAUUUGCUGACAUCCAAGGACACCCGUUCUUCCGAAAUGUGGACUGGGACAUGAUGGAGCAGAAGCAGGUGGUGCCGCCCUUUAAACCAAACAUUUCUGGAGAAUUUGGCUUGGAUAACUUUGAUUCCCAGUUUACAAAUGAACCAGUCCAGCUCACUCCAGAUGAUGAUGACAUCGUGAGGAAGAUUGAUCAGUCUGAAUUUGAAGGUUUUGAGUAUAUCAACCCUCUUCUGAUGUCUGCAGAAGAAUGUGUCUGACCUGCUUUUCAGCUGUUCCUUUGCUUACCGCCAUCUAGUGCAUGGAUCAGCCUGUUAGCCUGGCCAUCGUUAGCAUUUUAUGUUGUUACCUGCAGAAUCUCUCAGUAUCCUCUUAUACAUGAUAGGAUUCAUAGAGCUAGCUUUCUGACAGUCGUGUCAGACUUCAGUUACGCUUGUUCUCCGGAAUAAUGAGCAAGGAAAUACCACAGCUUCUCAAGCAGAGCCUCUGUUGCGUUGGGACACAGGGUGGGAUUACAUCAUCAGUCUCCCACAGUUGUUGUCAUUUGUGGGAAGUCAAUUGAAGGCCUUGUUGUGUAGUGGAGGGCAGCUCACAGCACAUCUCGUAUUAUUAGUUUCAGAGUUCCUUGAAGAAUCCUCCUAUAAAUUUUCUCAUUAGUUUGGAUAAUUAUUGAUAUUUAAAGGAACGGUUAUCAAAUUGAUACACAAUUGACGUGUUUUAUUAAGAAUUGGAUUAUAAGUUAGCUUUGUGUGAAAAAUUGGCUCAAUGAUUUAUUUUGUGGGUUGUUUGUUUUUUGUUUUUGUUCUUUUGAGACAGGGUUUCUCUGUAUAGCCUUGGCUGUCCUAAAACUCACUCUGUAGACCAGGCUGGCCUCAAACUCACAGAGAUCUACCUGCCUUUGCUUCCCGAGUGCUGGGAUUAAAGGUGUGCCCCACUACCACCCACUUAUUUUGUGUUUAAUUUUUUUUUCUUGAGCUUGCCUUCUCAGAGAGAACUAGCACAUGCAGUUCAAGGACCCAGAGAGCAUAUGGACAGUUGCUCAGUACAUACAAAGGAAAAAGCAGAAUAAUAGAAAUGUUUUAUUUCUUACUGGGAAUGAAUUCUGGAGUGUCAGCUUUUGAGAUUUGGUUUAAAUAAUGAGGAGGUACUCACUUCUUCCCAAACUUAGAAAAGCAUUCCAUUCGUUCAGGGGAGGCAGAAUGUGUAUAUAUACAUAUAUAUUUUAUUACUUAGUGUGCAGGAAAAUAAUUUAUCUUCUAAGUAGAAUGUCUUAACUACUUUUGAUUCCUUCCCCAAAGUACAUUGUUUGUACUUUUAGGACCAGUUAAUGGCGUCUACAAUGAAAUUCCAGAACAGUAGUUUUUGUGUGACAUGAGUAACUAUAACAUGCGUGUUCACACACCACAGUUCUAAUUCCUACUGCGUUUAUGUCUUCAUGAGUAACUAUAACAUGCGUGUUCACACACCACAGCUCUAAUUCCUACUGAGUUUAUGUCUUAGGUAACAAACAAUGCAUAAUAGAAUGCAUUUCAGAGGCAGAGUUCUUCAGUUCUCCACAAUAUUUUUAUUAAUAUUAGUAUUUAGCAACAUUUUAUUUAAAGAAGUACCAUUUAACAUCAUUCUGCUGUUUAUUUUAAAUAUUUUUAUAUAAAGAACUUUAAAAUAAUCUAGAUAAAGUACAAUUGUCAAAUCAGUAAAAUUUAAUUUUAGGGAUGCUAUCUAGUGUUGAGCUUAUAAUGAUUUAAAACAUGUAGGUAUUUAAAAAUUAUCCUUUUGGGGGAUGCUAUGUUUCAUUAGAAGUGUCAGUUUUCCCAAGUCUGUGUCAUGCAUUUUCUUUUCUUCAAAUAACUUCAGGCUGAGAGCACUGGAAACCUCCAUUGAUUGAGCCAAAUAAGGGACAGUGAGAUGACUCAGCGGGUAAAGGACUUGCUGCCCAGCCUGAUGGCCUGGCUGUGAUGCCACAUGGUGAAAGGAAAGAACAAACUCCCACAAGCUGGUACACCAUGGCACAUGCACACCCUCCCCUGCAAUAAAUAAAUGGGGGGGCAGCCAAAUACAUGCAGUAGAAUGCACAUCAGGAAGCAGCUGUUUAUCUGCAUGUCCAUGUUUGUCUCGUGUUUGAGAAGUGUGCUUCCCCAAUACUUAGGUUUAUUUUAAGUCGCGAGGCAGCAUUGCAUCAUAAACUGGUAGAGAAUUCUGGAGUGUCAGCACACUUAUGACCAUUGAAGGGUGCCCUCCCUUGUGCACCAGGGAAUAUACAGCAGUCACUGAGAGUUUGUCUGGAAAUGCACAUCACUGGGACCUUUGGUCUCUUUGGGGACUUCGUGUUUCAUUUUGAAAAACAUUUUCUUCAAGGUAUUCUUUUUAUGUGUGUGACAAUAUUUCUUAUGGGGCAUGAGUCUACUUCCUGUGGUGAAACAGCUCAAGAAAGGUAAUCAGUGAAUUAUCGCCAAAUUUGUCUACAAAUUAAGUGAACUAGUCCAAGUUACAUACCUUCCCUGCCCUCAUCCCCAGUAAAACUCACCUGUUUUCUGCCAAUGCUGUGCAAAUGAUGAGCAAGCAUUUUUCUAUCAUGAGGUCUCUUGUUAAUGGUGGUCUUUGUUUUUAAAUCUUUUUUUAACUAAUAAGAUUUACUGUGUGUGUUUUAUACAGAAUUAUUGUAAAUGUUUUUAGUUCUAGUUUUCAGUCCUUAAGUGCCAUGCCAACUCUUUAUACAUUAUGUAAAAGUUCUCGCAAAAUACUCAUCAGGGGCCACUUGGUGUGAAUGGGUGGAGUGAUUGGCAUUUGGUAUCUUAGAAAUCAUUUAUUUUGCAUGAACUGUGGUCGGAUCGUUUUAUCACAUGCAGCUGGAUUGGAUGUCUAGUUCCAUGUGUCCUCAGUGCCGGUACAUUUAGUUUAGAAAUUUGUUUUUAUUUUUGUCAUGUAGAAUAUUGUCUUGUUCACUAUUAAUGUAAUCUGUAUUUGUAUAAUUUUUUUACAUUAAAAUCUUUAAAUAAAAUGUUUAAUACCUA